CGUCGAGCGUCGAUCAGUUUCGUUUUUGCUCGCUUGUGAAUGGUGUGUUUGGGUGUCAUUUACGCACGGAUUCGAAUAUUACGUCGGCUCUUGUUUGUUUUUUUCCAAUCGCUCCCAACCCGGAUACGAGGACCGGUGUUGUUUUUGUAUAUUUGAAUUUGACUGACGAGGACCGAUAGAAAACGAGGAAAUAUCGAUAGUUUGGUGCGUGAAAGAUGAACGUUUUUUCGUGUCUUGUCGCCCUUCUUCUCACUACAAACCAGUGGCAUCGUUGGGCCCUUAAAAACCCGGAAUUCGACUAGUGCCGAUCUUGUUUAUACCUGUGCUUUUUUGUUUAUAUUUUUUAGUUUUUGUGACUUGUGGAAUAUAGUUACUGUGUGAGAUAUUAUAUUUUUACAAUUAUUGGAUUAAAAUUUCUCUUUUGCCUAUGCCGAGAAGGAAGCUAUUCAGGGCCGACCCAGGCGGACGCUCGCAACGGCACGUUUUUCGAAGAAAUGUGAAGAAAGUACCUGAGGUCUUAAAUCAAAACACCUGCCUGGGCGGGAGAGAGGCCAUAACUCUCUUUCUAACUGCAUACUUAGCUAAUUUUAGGUUUGAAAAUAUGCCUUGGAUAUCAUCAAUGGAUCGGCUGGCUCAUAUUUAAUCUAGUUAUUGCCUAGAUAUAACCUUGAUAUUGGAAACCGAGCUGCUGUGUUGAGGAAUAACCGAAGGCACGAUGACUUGGCUGCGUGUUUUGCUGUUGGGCGCAACGCUGUUGCACGCGGUGACAAGUGACGCAGUGAAGGAAGAACGAUGUUUGACAAAUUUUUCGGAGGUCUAUCCGAAGAAGUAUUUCCACUGGCAGGGACAGUCUCUCGACGUGGUUAUAGAGACUUCGGACAGAAUCACACAUCAGCUGACCUCGUGGAUUUUCUACUAUUUUACCAAAGAGGUGUUGGGUUACAGUAGGGUGAAGGUGGUGAACCAGUCGGACGAUUUCGAUAUCGAGAGGGCCAUAGAGAAAUUGACUGAUAAAAUUGACCCCAUAGCCAAGAGCACCAUCAAUCUGGAGGUCUGGAUCCCGCCCGACUACGACACCUAUGUCGUGGACUUCGUGAAGGAGUGCGGCAGCGUAUCGCCCCCGGGCCGUUUCAGCUGGUUCAUCCCCGUCAAUUUGACGGCGCCCAUCCGCAACUACUACAACCCCUACCAGUCCGACUCCAUCUGGUCGAUCCAUUGGCGGUUCUUCCGCGAGGAAAAGUUCGUCAACUUUUUCGAUAUGGACCAGGAGCUGAUGCAGAUCGUUCAGGGGAAAGUCAUAAAUGAGAAAGGUUGUCCAGAAAAGAUUUGCAACAAAACGAGGAACAUGUAUAUUCCGAAGAUUUGCGAAAACAAAAAGUGUGGAAUUCUCUUAACGUCCUACUGGAAUUCAACGAAAUUUGUAAAAAACCACAUCGAAGAAAAUAAGUUACUGAUGAAGAUCUGGUUUCUUGGAGACCGCUUAGCAGAGAUUAUCGAUUUGGUGAAGGAAAGAUAUCAGAAAACACCCAGGAUAAAUAAAAGUUUGGUUAUUUUGAGUUGGGUACCCAGCGACGUCAUCCUUUACGAGAAAGACUUCAUCACCGUCUCAUUCGAACACUCAGAAAGACUGAACUUCACCCAUUCGAUCGGAUACAAGUACGAGAUGCAUCGCUUGGUCAAAGUGGCCUGGAGCAAAGUGGAGGUGAUCGCCAAACCCCUCUACAACGCAUUGCGCAGUUUCAAGUUUGAAGAGGACGAAUACGAUCAGUUGUUGGCACUGUACGACCACUAUCGCACUAGCCAUAAAAGAAAUAAUGCUGGGAAACUGUCCUUUAAAGAGAUUGCCUGUUAUUGGAUGCGUAACCAUUUUGAGACCUGGAAUCAGUGGAGAAAGCAGCCAGAAAGCACUAUUUAUAUAGGUGGUAUAUUUCCAAUGUCACCCAUGUCAGGCUCUUCCUAUCAAGGCGAAGGUAUCGUCCACGGUGCCUUAAUGGCAGUGUCGGCCAUCAACAGAGACAAGACUAUAUUGGCCGACUACAAGAUGGAGCUGCUCAUCACGAACGGCAUGUGCAGGGCGGACAACGUCAUGAAAAACUUCAUCGACUUCAUUAUCGAUACAAACUACUACACCAACUUAGUCGGCGUGCUUGGCCCUGCCUGUUCCGAUACGGUGGAGCCCCUGGCCGGAGUGUCCAAGUAUUACCACAUUAUGGCCAUUUCGUACAGUGCCGAGGGUUCGAGUUUUUCUAAUCGGGAAAAGUAUCCAUACUUUUUCAGGACAAUUGGUGAAAAUAAACAUUACAAACAUGUUUAUUUGGAAUUGUUUAAGAGAUUUAAAUGGAACAGAGUUGCUGCUUUGACCGAGGACGGUCAAAAAUACACCGAGUACAUCUCGCAAAUGCAAGACGAACUUGAGCAGAAUGGGAUUACCUUUAUAGCUAAUAAGAAGUUUCCAAGAGAAAGAGAGACUGAACCUAUGACUAGGUACUUAGAAGACCUCAGGGAAAAACGAGCUCGCAUUAUCAUAGCGGACGUGGUCGACGAGAUCGCGCGCCAAGUGAUGUGCGAGGCUUACAAGCUCAACAUGACGGGAGCCCACGGCUACGUCUGGUUCCUGCCCAUGUGGCUCAACAAGACCUGGUACAAUACGGACUUCUUUAACAAGGAGAAGAACGAGAGCGUUAAUUGUACCACCAUCGAAAUGAUUUUGGGAAUAAAAGGCUAUUUUUCCAUGACUCACGCUUACUACGCUCCCGAAAAUCAAACCAUGCAGGAAAAUAUCACGGUGGGCGCCUGGCUGAAAACCUAUAAGUCCAGAGUCGCCGGGAAUUUUUCUGACUACGCCGGAUUUGCCUAUGACGCGGUCUGGACGUACGCCUUUGCCUUAGACAGACUUUCAAAGACUGAUGCCGAAGCUUUAUCUGACCUGCAUACUGAAAACACCACCAAUAAACUAGUUAAAUUAGUAGAGCAAACAGACUUUUUUGGCGUCUCAGGAAGAAUCAAGUUCCGAGGUGGACCGUCCAGAUUUUCAGUUAUCCAAAUAAAAGAAUGGUACAACAACGAUCUUCACCUCAUCGGUCAUUUUUAUCCGAAUUUAACCGACCAUACGCCGGAAAUCCUUGGAGGCGAUCUUAUUCUAAACGAUACAGCAAUUAAAUGGUUUACACCUGACGGGAUAGUACCAGAUGAUGGUACUCCACCACCCGCCGUCUGUGCCAUUGACAGUAUCGCCAAAGUGUUCAACGUCGAAUGCCAAACGGCUAUAAUUAUUCUGAACGUUAUGGUUGCCGUUUUCUUAGGCUUUACGGUUAUGGGCGUAUGCUUAUAUUUGAAGCACAAGUACGACUUGAAAGUGCAGAAACAGAAAGCCUACAUGGAAAAAUUGGGUCUGACAUACGAGAGAGAAUAUCCUACCGAUUUGGAGGAAUUCGAAGUGGUUCGGGAACAUAUCGAAGUUAAUCGUAAACUAGGAGAGGGAGCUUUCGGGGCCGUUUAUGGUGGCGAAGCAGAAACACCAGUCUGCGGUUGGUCUCCGGUGGCCGUCAAAACCUUAAAAAACGGUUCCUCGGUUGAAGACAAGAUCGAUUUCCUAACCGAAGCCGACAAUAUGAAGCGUUUCGACCACAAAAACAUCGUCAAACUUCUCGGCGUAGUGACGAAAACCCAACCUUUACACACGCUGAUGGAGUACUGCUUGUACGGCGACCUAAAAACCUACUUACUCUCCCGUAGACAUUUUCUUACCAAUCCAAACAUCGGACCCGAGUCUUUGGAAGAAAUCUCUCCCAAAAGACUGACCAGCUUCGCAUUAGACAUCGCCAGAGGACUCAGUUACUUGUCCGAGAUGAGAUACGUGCACAGAGACCUGGCUUCGAGGAAUGUUUUAAUAAACGCGCAACGAAUGGCAAAGAUCGGCGAUUUCGGUAUGACUCGUCCCAUGAACGAUUACGAAAGUUAUCGAUUUACGCGCAAAGGGAUGCUGCCGGUACGAUGGAUGGCUCCCGAAAGUCUAAUAUCGGGAGUUUUCACUGCGGCGUCAGAUAUGUGGAGCUAUGGGGUGGUUUUGUACGAGAUCGUUACGUUCGGAGUCAAUCCCUGGUAUGGCAGGGCUAACAUGGAAGUUGUGGAAGAAGUAAAGAACGGGGGCUGUUUAGAAGUCCCUGCGGGAACAAAACCUCAGCUGGAAGCCCUAAUGAAAUCGUGUUGGUCCCGAGACGCGAAAGAACGUCCCAUCGCUUCGUCGAUCGUCGAGUUCCUCGCCAACAAUCCCAAACUGAUGACGCAUUGCACGGACGUACCGCCCGAAUCCAUCACGAUCGACGAAUGGGAACAGCCGUCCGAGUUCAGGAGCGUGCGUCUCAACGAAAUCGACUUCCAGAAUAUCAAUUCGCACAACUUCUUGAGAUCGCCCAAGGUGAUGAUGCAGCCGCCGCAAACGAGCGACAAUUCUACCGAAGAGUCGUCCGUAAGUAUACCCUUAGAAAACUAUUGUCCGAAGGCGCCCCUAUUGGGCCCCGGCAAAUCCACAAAUAGUCUAAUGAAUUUUGGGAAGUUCCAAAUGCAAAGCAACAGGAGGCAGUCGGAUUGUCAGGACGAGGACGAGGGAUUCAUCGGCAAUAGUCCCUCGAACGGCUAUAUCAAUAGCAAGGUAUAAGUCGUUUGUGCAUUUUGUUGUGAUCCUAUUUGUUUGAUAAGGUCGUUCGGAACGAAAUCUCGCAGUUAUAUACUUGGAUAGUUAGCAUGAAACAUUUGCAUGUAAAAGAUAAUUCUGUACCUUUUUAAGUGAUAUUGUAGAAAUCUGAAAAUUUGAAACUUGUUCGUGUAUAAAGGAUAUAAUAGCGACCUUUACCUAUUUAGAUUUUGUAUUUGUUUUGGUUUGGAUAUUCUUGGAUUUGGGAUAGCCUCAAACUCCCAUACCGUGUGAUUUUCAAAAGUGACUCACCCUUCUGUUUUUUAUUUUUUUUUCAGACGAAAAAAAAACGGAAUUCAGCAUGUUAGUAUAUGACAUAAAUCAGGGAUUGAUUGACGUAUUCAAUUAUUUUCACUAUUAGUCACUUACUGUUUCACGGGAAAUUACUACCACUUUUGAUUUUUAAAUUGUAUCCUGGUAUUUUUUUUUAUUUUAUUUGAUAGAAAAUAACAU